AUGCAACUUCUCACCCUUUCAAAGAUCACAGUAAUGCUAUUCGCGACCCAUGCAUCUUCAAAGUGUCAGAUGGCCGGCUUCAACGAGUGCAAAUGGUGGGGCAGCUCUCCAUUCUGCGGGGCCAGCAAAUCCACCCCCGGCGACACCGACUCGGACGGCUGGCUCUUCGUUGCCUCGACAAGGACGAAGAAUUGGGAUGUGCUGUGCAGGGAGAUCUCCGACUCGUGUUGUCGUGAUUACGGAGACGGGUGUCUGACCGGGUAUAAGCGGUUGUGGUGUCAUGAUUCGGAGAGUGUAAUGGACGAUAAUUUCGGUGUGGAACUGUGA